AUGCGCUGCGUCAAUCUCAGAGCUUUGAAGAUCCAGCUGUUCUGGGACAACUUGGAGCCCUCGGAGGCUGACAAAGAUAAGUGCGAUGCAACCUUUGACAUUUGUGAUGCCUACCUAGAACAAUUUCAGGAACUUCGGGAAUUCAGUGUUGAUAUAAAAUCGAUGGCUAUUGAUACGCCAGCUACAGUGACUCUGAAAAGACCAGCAUCCUGA